ACCUGCGGCUUUCUGCUGUUAAAAGCUGCACGCGUCUCUCGCCGGGUUCAGUGCAGAUACAGAGGAACUACAGACGCACACCUUGAGGAGGGAUGUUGUCCAGACUCGGCCCCUGUUUCCCCUGCAGACGCCGCAGAGCAGAAGAGCAUUCCUCAGAGCGUGGCGACCAUCUUCUCUCCGGCACAACGAUGCGGAACGAGACAGACGGCGUCAAGCAGAACUGUCUCCUGUCGGUGUUUAGCUUCUGCUGCACCCCUGAAGCCCCCACCAGCAACCCCGCCGCGACCGAUGGACACCCCCCUCCCACCGAGCAGGAGGAGCCCCCAAACGAGAGCCUCGCGUACGAGCAGACCCUCGAGAAGAAGCUCUUCUGUGAGGCCGGCCGGCUGCUGAUAGCGAGAGAGGAGCGUCUGUUCGGGGAGAUACAGGAGCCAGAGGCGCCGACGGGUCACCAGGCGGAGGUCACGGAGCUGGCGGACUGCCGCAGGGUCCUGCUGGACCUGGUGCUGCAGACCCUCAGGCUGUCCCUGGACCCGGGGGAGGCGGGGGCCGCCGCGGCCCUGGCGUCUGCCGUGAAGGCCGUGGAGCAGGAGGAGGCCCAGGACCGGUUGUGGGAUCAGAGGGGUCGGAAGCCUCCGGUGUGGAGGCCCUGCGCCUGGAAGGAGGUCCACGACUCCACGCUGCGCGGACUGGUGGAGGAGCGCAUGGACAACCCCUCCACGCCCCCCUCCGCCGUCCAGGCGGGACAGUCCUCCGUCCAGGUGGACGUCUGCGCCAUGGGCCGGCAGAUGAAGGAGGACCUGCUGCAGGUGGCGAGCGUGGUGAGGAGCUGCUACCCGCCCGAGACCAACAUCUGUCACCUGUACAUCCAGGCGUACCACCGCACCUUCAGCGCCAGGCUCAGGAAGAUCGCAGACUUCGGUCUGGAGGACAAGGACUGCACCUUCCUCCUGCGCUGGGUCAACGAGUAUUAUCCCCUAGUCCUUCAAAAGCCACAGAUGGCCGGCGAGAUGGAUGUCGCAGCGUUGGGAAAGCUGCUGCCUGAAGAGUUGUUGAAACCUCUGGAGGAUCAAUACCUGAGCAGGCGAGAGGAGGAGCUGACCACGUUCGGAGGCCGCAUCCUCGAGGAUGCGAAGGACAAGUGGAAUAAAGGAGAGGAGCCGACGAGGGAGGACGGCUGCUUCGUCAGUCCUGUUUCCUACGACAUCAUCCAGCUCAUCAACGAGAUGGUCACCUCAGCUGAGAAGGUUGUGGGAGAUCUGCAGAAGGCUCAGACCAUAACGCGCCAACUCAAGGGUAUAAUGCACCGAUUCAAGAUCUUUCAAAGCGACGUCAUAAAGAAAAACAAAGCGAGCAGCCGGCCGGUGGUGAAGGCCCACCUCGGCUGUAUCGAGCAGUUCAGGGACUUCCUCAAUACGAAGAGACACCUGUUCACCGAGGAAGUGGGGAAAGACUGUUUGCUUGUUCUGACCGACAUGAAACUAUCUGCCCAGGCGUAUUUAUUAAAACCUGUGCACCAGGUCCUCAAGCCAGAGUACCGCAAACUGGGAACCAGUGACUGGCUGAAUAAGAACCUGUUCAACAGGCUGCUGGGCGGCAUCGAGGAAGAGCUUCAGGGUCUUCAGGGCUCCAUCGGAUCCUGUCACCAGGAGCUGUUGGGAAAGCUGCACCAGGAGGUGACGGUAGAAUACGUGAGGAGGCUCCUGAAAGGAGCCAAACUGAAAAACGAGGAGCAGCAGGCGAAGGCCUGCAACACCGUGAGGGACAACGCAGAGAGUCUGUACAAAUUAUUCCUUAAAAUGGGGUCCGAGGACGUUUGGCUGAAGGACAUCCUGACCAAGAUAGCAGAAGUCCUGAGACUCCAAGACCUCCCCGCCAUCAAGAUCCAAGUAGCCUCGCUGGGAGCAGAUCACCCCGACCUCAGUGAGAAACAACUGUCGGCUCUUCUCAAGCUGAAGACCAACCUCUCCAAACCCGCCAGGAGGACCGUCACCGACGUCCUGUCGCUCACCAGAGAGGAGUUGAGCACCGCGGGGGGCCGAGGGGCCGCGAGGGCCUUCUUCUCUGAGGUCCGGGUCAAAUGAGUUGUUUAAGUGAUCAAACGAGGUCGGCCGUGUUGUGUGUGUGAGAGUGACAACACGAGCCCUGUUACAAAGGCGCUGACUGAAUGGAAGAAUAAGCUACCCUUGGAGAAAAAUAAGUGAACUGUUAGAACUCUCAUAUGUGGUUACUGGUCAAUGCUUGAAGUGAGGAGUUUAGGUUUGGUUCUUGUUUUUGAGUUCACUUUUUGUGUUGCUAUUUAGUUUUAAUGCUGUUUUUUUAUUGUUGUUCAAAUGUACAGUAUGUGAACCAUGCUCAUUUAAUUCAGGUCCUCCUGUAUGUAUUUAUACAGUUUUGCACAAAUAAAUGUUAACCU